AUGAACGUACGGCCACCGAUCGAGGCUUCGAGCACUGAGGCUGUACUUUCAGUAUCUUUCAAUAACGAUGCAAGCUGCUUUUCUGUAGGCCUAGGCUCAGGUAUCUGCAUCUUCCACACAAAAUCAUGUCUUCUCAAGGCUUCGAGAGAUUUCAACGCUGGCAUCGGCCUCGUGCAAAUGAUGGGAACAACCAACUACCUUGCUCUUGUUGGUGGCGGAAGGUCACCCAAGUUUGCCAUGAACAAGGCUAUAAUAUGGGACGAUAUGAAGGGCAAAGUUGCCUUGGAAAUCACAGCAUUGACGGCAAUUCGUGGCGUCCAACUGGGUAGGGAGCGCAUCGCUGUUGUCCUACAAAAUAGCGUGCGCGUCUACUCGUUCGCCAAACCUCCGGAUUUACUGCAUGUCUACGAAACUGCAGACAAUCUCCUCGGUCUCUGCUGUCUUUCUGAGAAGAAGCUUGCCUUCCCUGGCCGAACUGCUGGACAGAUACAACUCAUCGAGUUGGCGACCGGGAAUGUCAGCAUCAUCCCGGCCCACUCUUCAGCCCUCAAGGCCAUCGCAUUAAGCCCAGAUGGCGAACUUCUAGCCAGUGCCAGCGAAACUGGUACACUAAUCCGUGUUUACGCUACAAGCAACUGUGCAAGGCUUGCUGAACUUAGGCGUGGUAUUGACCCUGCGACUAUCUUUUCUCUUGCCUUCUCACCUUGUGGCACGAUGCUUGCCUGUACCUCUGACAAGUCCACCCUUCACAUCUUCGACGUACCGCAUCCACGGAAGCCAGGAAUGAGUCGAAGUCAACAGCUUGGCGCUUCUGGAUCAGACCCAGGUGACGGGACUGGGAAGUGGGGUAUCCUUAGCAAGAUUCCACUGAUGCCUCGAGUCUUUUCUGAUGUCUACUCUUUCAGCUCAGCACCUUUUGAGGCUGGUGAUGAAGCUGCUAUAGGGGGCAUUUCUUUCUCGGAGAGCACUGUUUUAGGAACAUCACGGCCACCAAAGGGCGUCAUUGGCUGGAUCGGAGAUGAUAGUCUUGUUGUUAUAGGUGCUGGGCAUGAUGCGCGAUGGGAGAAGUUCAUUAUUGUUGAUGGUGAGGAUGGAAAGCGACACUGCGUAAGGGAAGGCUGGAAGCGUUAUUUGGGCAACACAUGA